AUGGCGGCCCUGAGGCUCCUUUCCUCGGGGUUGCGGCUCUGCGCCCUCGCAGGCCGCCCGGGGGGCGCCCGGAUCGGCCCCGCUCUGUCCGAGGGUGGUGCUCGCUGCUUCUCCACCAGCCCCAGCCACCAGGUCAAGUUCUACGCAGACGCGGUGGAGGCCAUCAAGGACAUCCCUCAUGACGCCACCGUCCUGAUGGGAGGCUUCGGCAUCUGCGGGAUCCCCGAGAACCUGAUCGGGGCCCUGCUGAAGACCCAAGUGAAAGGGCUCACCGUGGUCAGCAACACCGUGGGCUUGGACGACUUCGGACUGGGCCUCUUACUGGCGAGCAAGCAGAUUAGACGCAUCAUCUGCUCCUAUGUGGGGGAGAACGCCCUCUGCGAGCGCCAGUACUUGGCCGGGGAGCUGGAGCUGGAGCUGACGCCCCAGGGCACACUGGCCGAGAGGAUCCGCGCGGGGGGCGCCGGGGUGCCCGCCUUCUACACCAGCACGGGCUACGGGACCCUGGUCCAGGAAGGAGGUGCGCCCAUCAGGUACUAUGACGAUGGCCACCUCGCCGUCAUCAGUAAGCCCAGAGAGGUGAGGGAGUUUCAUGGCCACCAUUAUUUUCUGCAGGAAGCCAUCAGAGGAGAUUUUUCUUUGGUGAAGGGGUGGGAGGCCGACCGCUCAGGAAACGUUAUCUUCAGGAAGAGCGCAAGGAAUUUCAACGUGCCUGUGUGCAAAGCUGCAGAAACCACAGUGGUGGAGGUUGAAGAAAUUGUGGCGGUCGGAUCAUUUUCCCCAGAAGACAUCCAUAUUCCUAGCAUUUAUGUAGACCGCUUGAUAAAGGGAGAAAAGUACGAGAAAAGAAUUGAGCGCCUAGCAGUCCGACAAGAGGGAGCGGGAAGACACACACCCGAAGAUAAUCUGAGGACCCGCAUCAUCAAACGGGCGGCUCUGGAAUUUGAAGAUGGCAUGUAUGCUAAUUUGGGCAUAGGAAUCCCUCUCCUGGCCAGCAACUUUAUCAGCCCAAAUAUGACUGUUCAUCUUCAGAGUGAAAAUGGGGUCCUGGGCUUGGGGCCAUUUCCAGUACAAAGUGAGGUGGAUGCGGAUCUCAUCAAUGCUGGCAAGCAGACGGUCACUGUUCUUCCCGGGGCUUCUUUCUUCUCCAGUGAUGAGUCAUUUGCAAUGAUUAGGGGGCACCUUGGUCUGACGAUGCUGGGAGGAAUGCAAGUUUCCAAAUACGGUGACCUGGCCAACUGGAUGAUUCCCGGGAAGAAGGUGAAAGGAAUGGGAGGUGCCAUGGAUCUAGUGUCCGGUCCCAAAACCAGAGUCGUGGUCACUAUGGAGCAUCGUUCAAAGGCAAAUGAACCCAAAAUCUUGGACAACUGUACAAUGCCGCUGACUGGGAAGCGCUGUGUGAACCGGAUCAUCACAGAAAGGGCCGUGUUCAACGUGCACCCCAAGAGAGGACUGACGCUGAUUGAGCCCUGGAAAGGCCUGACAGUGGAUGACAUCAAAAAGUGCACAGGGUGUGCCUUCGCAGUCUCACCGGACCUCAAGCCAAUGCAGCAAAUUACAAUGUAAGAUGGGACAUGGGCCUUUACCAUGGAAUGUGGGUUUCAUUUUCACCUCACGGGAAGUUGGUCAUCACAUUUGCAAGUUUCACAAGCGGUUUGACUAGUUUUCCUCCUGGUCCCUCAGACUUUCUACAGCUGGAUAGACUUUGUUCUCUCAAGAGGGAUAUGAAUCUAAUUAAAAACCGGAGAAAAAACAAAAGCUUGUCCUGGAUGUUCUGUUGGUGCUGAGAAAGCUCUGUGAUAAUCGGUGAGGACACUGGUGGCCCCCUCACUUUCUGUGAUAUUUACAUUCCGGUAUAUGUAGCCUAGAGGAUCACUUAGGAAGAGUUUGAUUGACGUGCUUUCCCUCAUAGUUCAAUCAUAAAAUAGAGACAAAAACGAGGGAGAAAAUAACUCCACCCAGAGUCUACUGAAGGCCCCAUUUUACUAAUAUCAAGAAUAAUAUACAAACAUGUGAAUUAGUGGUCGACAGAAAUAUCCCUAAAGAUUUCCCUUUUCCUUUGGCUCUUCUGACUUUUCCUCUGGGCCCUUUCAUUGUGUUGCUGAUUUUGUUUCCCUAUAUCCUUACUUCCUCCCGCCACACUCCUCCUUAUAGCUCAGUAGAUGUCCCUAGAAGGCAGGCAGGACCAUCUCGGUGGGACAGAGAACCGGGCGCUGGGAGAGCCUGCAGGAGGAGAGACUCUGGGUGCUGACGUUCCACUGGGAAGCUUCCUGUGUGAGUACACAAUCCACCUGUGCUCGUAAUAGGCUGUGGUUUGUGAGAGGAGGAGCGCUAGGACCCUAACUGGUGGACUUCGAUGGAUGGCUUUUCUCAUCUUAAAUCGGAGUGUUCCUGUGUUACCCAGACCAGACACUUAGAUCCUUCCUCUCUGUGUGGGGGCUCUAACUAGCCUCUUGUGUAACACUGUGUCUUAACCCAAGAGGGUCUGUCAGCUAUUUUAUCCUGAACCGAGAGUCUCAAAAAAUAAAAGGAAAAACUCACUCACUGUGUAUGUGUAAAGUGUUAAAAACGCCUGCGGGGAUCAUGGGCUUUAUACAGGUAGCUCUCAGGGUGUGCACAACUGAUAGGAGAUGUUAAGAUCAGAAAAUUCUAGCUGAUCAAGGAAGGUCAAGCAGCCUCACCCUGAAGGAAUGACCAGAUCUUGGAAGGGAGGGGCGGGGUGGCAGAGACAGUGCUCACUGAGGGGACAGCCUGGAGGGGCAGCUUAACCAUGGGAUGGAGGCAUGGGAUGCCAUUGAGUGGACAGUAGGGCAUCUUUUGGGGCCUCUGAGGAGGAGGGUAACCUGAUCUGCCCUGGGUGUCAGUUUUCCAGCAGCGGGUAGAGAACACAGAGGUUUCCAGAAGCAGACAAGUGGAAGGAUGUUACAAUAGUUGAGAGAAGGAAACACUGGGUCUCUCAUAUAAUCACUUUUUACCAAUCAAUCUCAGGGUCAAAAAUAAUCCUGGUCUUAAACAUGCCCACAGUGGGAUUUCCCUCCAAGGGUUCCAGCCCAGUCAUCCUGAUUGUCUGUCAUUGUGACAAUGGGGUUACCUCCCUGACUGCAGGCUGGGUCUGGGGUCACGUGGCACCUGGAACAGAGAGAAGCCUUGGGGAGAGGCAAUCUUAGGCCUGGGUACAUUGGGGAGAGGAUCUGAAUUGGGGGUUAACCAUUUGCCUGGGACAAGAUAGGGCAGGUGAGCUGCCACAAUAUUCUGGGCUGUGAUGGGGCCGCUCAGAAAUGGGGUGAGGCUGGGGCCUCGCUGGGCCCACCUGGGCUCAGAGGAGCACCAGCUCCAACCGGGCCUAAGGGGGAAGACCACAGUGUGCCCCACAUCUGGAAGCAUGCCCACGGCAUAGCUUGUCAUCUGUAAAGGGAACAGCACGCCUGUCAGUACUCUCACAAGGUCAGGUCUAGAGGCAGGGACCCUGGGGCCCAAGAAGCUCCUGCAGCCCCCACGUCUGUCUUUCUCGGAAUUGACCUGCCCAGACCUGGGCAGCCUAGGGGCUCACCACUAGCUGGAGCCAAGGAAUCCUGCCCGUGGAUGGGUUGGGCAAAAAGCAGAGCCAGUGGGAAGGGGGAUCCCUGACUGUGGAAGGAGGGGCACAGAGGCCCUUUCCCAGGACUGCUAGAUUAGGACUUCUGAAAGAGACCAGAUGUUAGCACUUUGCCCUCCCCACCCCGCACCUCGCCCAGUUUGCUGGGGAAAGGUAGGAAUAUCCUGACUCUGUUGCAGCUUGUUCUGGGAACUUGUACAGUGACUACUCUCUUUGGACCUCGGUGUCUGCUUCUGUAAAAUAGAAAUUAGGAUUAGAUGCUUCCAAGGAUCGUCAGGCAGGCUAGUCAGGCCUGUGAGAGCCUCCAAACAGCUCCCCAGUACCCAACACAAGGCUUGGUUCUGUGGGGCUCCGUGAGGCUUUGUGGCAUCAUUGAGCUUAUUUGUCCUUCUGUUCUGCACCCAGGAGACCCCAGUGAGAUCCUUGAACAGACAGUUGCACAAAAGGAAGACAAAUGGUGGACAAAGCCUUAGAGGACUGAUCCACCUCCAUGGGCCCAAGGUAGACAGGGCCCUGCUGGGACUCAAAGGACAGAGCAGCGGCACAGAUAGGCCUGGAGGGCCCACCCUGGCUCUACGGCCACUUCCCCUGCUAUGUGUCCCCGAGUCAGUGGAGCUCCACUCCAGGGUCUGGCAUUGAUGAGUGUUGGCUCCCCACUCAAGUCUGCUCCACUUUAUCCUCUUUGUGACCUCAGUCACCUUUCCCCUGUGCUCUGUGCUUAUUUUUCUUAUGGUUUCUGUUUUCUCAUAGGGCUGCUUCCUUAUACCUUUGACUUGCCAUGUCCCAAACUCUACCGAAUAGCUUUGCUCUGGCACCCCUCUGGGGUCAGCUCCUGCAGCUAACACCCUCCCUGUCUCAGCAGCUCUUGUUCCCAUUCCUGAUAGUGAGCCUCCAGUCAGCCCAGUUCAUUAGUGUGUGGCAAGUGAUGUCAUAGGUCAAAGGUUGGUCUCUGGAUUGAUUGGUUGUCCAGUCAGUGGUGUCCAGUGGACACCUGGUCUACAGCACUGCUGUCUAAGGGCCAGCAUUUGCUUAGGACUGUGGGUGGGGAAGGCAGGCAAUGUUCUUGACCUGUAGUCUAUAAUAGAGAACUAUUAUAGACCUGCUGUGGAACAAAUUGGUCAGCAAAUGAAGAAAACCCUCAAUGAGAUGGCUUGACACAAUAACCUCAACAAUGGGUGUCUUAGGCUGGGUUCUCUAGGGAAACAAAACCAAAGAAUUGUCUAUAUAUAUAUAUGUAUAUAGAGAGAUUUAUAUCAAGGAAAUGGCUCAUGCGAUUGUAGAGGCUGGAAAGUCCCAAGUCUGUGGGUCAGACAGGAGGCUUCUCCUGACCCAUGUAGCUAAAAGGGCUGGAGAUACAAAGACUGGCAGGUCAGACAACAGGCCUCUGGCUCAUAGGCUGCGGAUGCCGACAGAUCCCAAGAGCAGCAAGUGUCUUAGUUAUCUAGGGCUAUCAUAACAGAAAUACCACAAGUGGACGGCUUUAACAAAGAGAAAUUUAUUUUCUCACAAUCUAGUAGGUUACAAGU